AAUCACUCUGCAGUGCUGCUGUUACUGUAGAGUCAUUAGUUAGCCCGACCCGGUAAGAUUCGAGUUUGCUGAAAAAUCUCAUCGUGUUUCAUUACUAUCAAUCUACCCAUCACCAAGUCUAAUAUCUUCAAACAUGGCAGCAGUUUCAGGCAUCGAAAUCCUUUCCAAGCCUGUCCCUUACCAGUUCAAAGAUCCCUCACUGUUGGACGCACGAGCCUACGUUGGAGGCCAAUGGGUAUCCGCCAAGAAUAGCAGCACUUGUUCCGUAUUCGACCCCGUGGACAAUCAACCCGUCUUCCAGGUCGCGAACCUUUCUCGUGAAGAAGUUCGAGGUGCAAUUGACGCUGCACAAUCCGCCUUCCAGACAUAUAAGAAGUUCACUGCUCGCAAACGCAAAGAGCUCCUUAGAAAAUGGACUGACAUCAUCCGUGCUAACCGCGAUGAUCUGGCAGCCAUUUGUACCCUGGAGCUAGGCAAACCCAUCGCGGAAUCGCUCGUCACCGUCGACUAUGGAAUCAGCUUUCUUGAAUGGUUCCAGGGCGAAGUCGAGCGCCUUUAUGGUGAGACCAUCCCUGCGGCGAAGGGUGACAACCGCAUCUUUACCACUCGCGAGCCGCAAGGCGUUGUAGCAGCCAUUACACCUUGGAACUCACCUGUUGCUAUGAUUCUACGCAAGGUGGGCGCGGCGAUUGCCGCGGGUUGUACCGUUGUGCUGAAGCCAGCACCGGAGACGCCAAUGUGCGCGAUUGCCAUUGCAAAGCUCUUUGAGCGAGUGGGCGACGGAUAUCCGCCUGGUACUCUGAACGUGGUGACUGGCGAUAUCUCUGGAGCGGCAUCAAUCGGAGCAGAGAUGUGCGAGAGCAUCUUUGUUCGCCAUCUGAGCUUCACCGGUUCCACAGCGGUAGGCAAAUUCUUGAAUGCCGAAUGUGCCAAGACAUUGAAGAAGACGAGCAUGGAACUUGGUGGCAACGCGCCCUUUAUCGUCUUUGAGGAUGCGGAUAUUCAAAAGGCAGUCGACGGUUUGAUCGCAUCCAAGUUUCGAUCGUCCGGCCAGACAUGUGUAUGCGCGAACCGCAUUUUCGUCCAUCGUUCCAUUAUUGAAAACUUCGCCCAAAAGCUGAAAGCCUCGCUAGAAACGACGUUUAUCUACGGCUCGGUUUGGGACUCCAAAGUCAACUUCGGCCCUCUGUACUCGCCCAAGGGCGUCACCAAAGUCCAGCAGCACGUCGAGGAUGCCGUUUCCAACGGGGCAAAGUUGUUCAACGGGGGCUUCAUUAAAGAAGACCUCGGGCCGAAUUUUUACGUCCCAACGAUCCUGCUCGACGCGAAACCGGACACGAUGAAGUUCGGUAGUGAGGAGACGUUUGGACCGGUGGCUCCACUGGUGCCGUUUGACACCGAGGAGGAGGUUCUCAAGUUGGCCAACACGUACCAGAGCGGGCUUGCUGCAUACUUUUACACGGAAAACAUUUCCAGGCUAUGGAGAGUCGCCGAGGCUUUGGAUACUGGUAUGGUGGGUGUUCGCGUUGGGCUCAUCAGCGCCUGCGAGCAGCCCUUUGGUGGUAUCAAGGAGAGCGGUAUUGGCAGGGAGGGAUCCAAGUUUGGUGUGGAGGAUUAUACGAAUGUCAAGAGUAUCACUGUCGGGCUUUGAUUAACUUUACUAUCACUGAGAAGUAUAUUUAAUAGAGUACAG